CUUGGAGGAAAUGAUGCGGGAUAAUCUCAUCACCACCACUGCACACACACACACACACAACCGAAAUUUCUGCCUCUAGUCCCUCUGCUCAAGGGACAGAUGGAAAGAUGACACCCUUAUUAUGGAAUGGCGGCUUCAGAUGGAUACUUCACAGGCCCAAUCAGGCCAAUAAGCUCUUCGACUCCAGGAUGACUCAUCUGGCCCCCUUGCUUAUGCGCCACUUGGAACAAUUCUUGGAGUUCAUAGAAUUCAACAGAAAUAUUGAAGAAGACUACCUCCAGAUAGUCCGAUGCCUUGAGGGGAUGCGCCAGCGGUGCUGCCGUCUGAACCAUGACUUGCAGGGAGCCCAGGAGCAGCUGCGCCGGUCAGAGUUUGAACGUUCAGUCCUGGAGGUGAAGCUGAAACAUGCCCGAAACCAAGUGGAGGUAGAGAUGAAGAAAAGGCAUGGGGCAGAAGCUGAGCUGGAGAAGCAGGAGCGCAAGCUGCAGCUUAUCUAUGACUAUCUGAUGGGAGAUCCAGAGAUCAGUCCUCUCACUGAGGACCAGCGCUCAGCCCUGGCAUCUUUUGACAGACCACGUUUCAGACGCAGCACCCUCCUGCCUGGCAAGCGCUUGUCUGCUGUGGAAGAGCUUGGCACCUCAAUCUUGUCUGACAUCAGUUUUGACCAAUCAGAUGAUGAAACAGAUCUCAGUAUGAUGAAGCCUGCCAAGAGCAAAGACAGAGGGCGCUCCUCUUUGGCUCCCUUGAUUCAGCCAGUGGUAGCAGCCAAGCGUGCACGGACAUCCACAGCACCUGUUUCCAGUACUAAUGGAGUGCCUGGGGUGACUCUGAGAUCAGCAGCCACAGUGGAGAGCAGAAGUCCAGCAAAUCGUUCACUGCCUGUUGCUGUGGUGUCUCGUCACCAGUCCCAACGGAGCUGCUCCAUCUCUGUGCAUUCAGAUCUCACUUCCAUCUGGGGCAGCACUGAUGAGUCGGUUGGACGUAGCAGUCAGGAUGAGGGUGGUGCUGUUGGCACAGAAACUGGGGCUAAGAUGAGAGGGGCUCAGGACCCCUUCACCCCUUCUCCUUCACAAGAAACACCACCACUUCAGCACCAUCAUUUUACUUCUAAGACGGUGAUCCAUCCAGAGUGCUGUGUGGUUUGCAAAUCUCGUCUGCGUUUUGGGAAGAUGGCACUUAAAUGUCGCCCCUGCCAACUAUUGGUGCAUCACGAGUGCAGAGAACGUUGUCACUCUCCCUGCAUGCCAGGUGCCCGCCCCAGAGUAAGGGAGGGCAUUCUGGCUGAUUUUGCUCCCUCCAUGCCACCUCUGGUGCCCUCCAUUGUGAUUCAGUGUGUGAAUCAAAUAGAAAAGCGUGGCCUGAAGGAGACUGGGUUAUACAGGGUGUCAGGUGCUGAGCACCUUGUGCGCGAAUGGAAAAACAAACUGCUCAGUGCCCGAAGAGCUGUUCCCUCACUUGACCAGGUGUCUGAUGUGAAUGUGAUUUGUGGCAUCCUCAAGGAUUUCCUAAGGAGUCUGAAGGAACCCCUGGUUACUUUCUACUUGCAUUCAGCCUUCCUGCGUGCCGCAGAAAUUGCUGAUGACUCUGCUCGUUACACUGCACUUUGCCAUGUUGUGAUGAAGCUGCCCCUGGCCAAUAGAGACACUCUGGCUUUUCUUAUGCUCCAUCUGCACAGGGUCAUGCAGAGCCCUGACUGUCAUAUGAACCGGCAUAGCCUGGCACGGAUCUUUGGGCCAACGCUCGUUGGGCACAGUACUCCCAACCCCACCCCACUGACCAUCAUGGAAGACACACCACGCCAAUGCCUGGUGGUUUCUCAUCUGUUAGGACUUCCCCUCAGAUUUUGGAAACGUUUUGUGGGAGAGGAGCAGGAAAACUUGGUGCCAUCUGUGCAACUGUCCAGUGGAGUGAAUGAACAAGAACGGUUCUUCGGCCCUCUUUCCCCUCCAAAAAUCAAUGCCAUCUGGACAAGCCCAGGAAGCGGCUGCCUCCCAAAUAAGCUCUAUGACUGCAUUGGUACCAGUCUCCCACCAUUGAAUGCCCCCCGGAGUAAGAGGACAGGGAGAUUCUUCCCCCUUCCCAAAUAAAGGAGAUUGCACAGACCGGUCAGUUGUUCCAUCAUCUAAUGAAGACUGGGUGUGCCUAUAGACCUGUGAGGGUGCAUCCUUCCUUCCUUCCUUGGCUUUUCCUAGAAAAUCCCUUGCUGCCACCCCUCCAGUUUCUGAGCCAGUGUCUUGCAGAGCACAGGUACCAACUUCCUGACGGACAGGACGUUGGUCUCUUUCCUAAGCAACCCUGCAACCCAUCCUGUCUCCAUGAACAGAGCUUCCUCUGAAGGAUGGAGUCCUUGCCUUUCACACAAGUAGUGCCUUAACAGUAGACAUGGUGAGUCUUGGGCUGCCUAUGUGACCACAUCUGUAACCACAUCUGUAUGGGGAUGGAAGCAGGGCUGGUGGACAAGGAACAAACUUGCAUUUGUAUAACCCCCUCCCCUUUUUUGUUCAUUAUGUACUAUUACACUUGUAUAGCACAGGUAUCACGGUGUGAUGUAAAGGGUUGGGGUGGUGGAGAAUGAAAGAGGACAGUGAUUUGCCAUAACUUUUGACUGCUGACAUCAUACCCAUCAUGAGAAACUGCUGGAGAACCCCACUGUUUUCUCCUCCAAACAUUACUGGACUAGCACUCCCAACCUUCCUUUCCUGUGACUAUGCUACUUAGGGGUAAUGGAACUUGCAGCUCACAAGAUGCCCUGCCUUAAAAGAUGAUAAUCUCAAAAAGAGCACUGGGCUGAUGCUUUUUUCUUUUCUUUUCUUUGUUAAACAAAAGAGUCCUAUAAUUCAGCAACGCGAGUAUGUUGCUGUUGUGAAUUGAUGUUGUCCUAAAUAUCUUUCUCUCUACUUCCAGUAAACAACCCCUCCUUUGGCUACUGGUAUGUUCCCCUCUGUACUCUAAUGCAGAACCUUUCUGGUCUCCUUCCUGGAAAGGUGCUUCUCUUUGUAUAAAUGCUGUUGCAGUGGCAUCUAUAUGCUGUACUAGGGUAUUCAAGCCUUAAGGUAGUUAAAGAUCAUCUGCUGUGUGUUACACCGUAGUAAGGGAGAUGAGCGAAGCACUGAAAGAAAUGAAGGCACGCUAAAUCACUCUAGCAGCCUUCCUCUUCCCUGAGGUAUUCCCAAGCCUCAUGCUGGUAAAGAUAAGCAUACUCAGACUAUAACAAUGUACCAUUGUUUGUGACUUGAUAUGAAAGUUUAAUUCAACAAAUAUAGGAGAACAAAGAGAGACCACCAGUGCCCUUUUUCUGACGCAAGUCCUUCCCUGGCUUAGUCUGUGACAAACAAGCUCCCUACCUUCUAAGACAAGAGUAGGGAACCUAUUACCCUCCUGAUGUUGGUGGGACUACAACUCCAAUUGCCCCCAACGCCUGGCAUAGAGGUCCCACCAUCGGAAGAGCUGCAGAUUGCCCUCGGCUGGUUGAGCCCAUCUUUUGUUGCUCACUGGUGCAGAAGCACAAGAGUGAUGUCUUGUUUAUUCUGUAAGGCCACUAUAGGGAACCUGCAGCCCUCAAAGUGCCGAUGAACAGCAGAUCCCCAAACUCCUUGCCAACACAGCCACAGAUGAGAGAUGAUGGGAGCUGCACAACAAUAAAUCUGGAGGGGUAACACGUUAUCUGCUCUUGGAUCAUAGAUUUAUCUCAGAACAGAGAGAAAUCUGUUUUGUAAGAGCUUGUGUUUAUAAAGGGAAAGCCCCCACCUCUCUCAUGGAAAUGUGUUUUAUCUCUCAACCUUAUUACUGGCUCAUGUAAAAUGAAAUAUAUAUAUACAUUUACCUAUAAAAAACACAAUCCACCUGCUUGAUAAAUGCUCAGUCUUGUGCUAGAAGCAGUAUUUAA